AUGGACGGAACUUCGAUCGCAUCUCGACUAUCACAACUUCCAAAUGGACUGGGCUCACCUGGAUUCCCACCCAAUUCCCAUGAUGGCACCCAUCACAAUCCACUCGGUACACCCGGUCUAAACGAUCCUCGUACAUCUAUGAUCGGUAAUCCAUCUGCAUAUCUACAAAAUCUAUCAAAUUCAUCCUUCAGUCCAUCUUACAGUCAAUUUCUCUCGUCCUCGCUGACUCAGUCGUUGGACGGGUUAGAUCCCGAUAUUAUGAAACGUCCCUUUGACACAUCUACUUUACCUGUUAAUCCUAUGAACGGGAUGCAACCUCAAAUAGAUUCCUCAUCUUCCAACUUUGAUAGUUUCCCACCUAAAAAGGCGAGAUACGAUGCUUCCAUCCAGAACAACGCUGCAAUAGCUACUCCAGGUGGACCAACCAAUCUUGGUGGAAACAAACCUUUCACUCCUGGGUUCAAUGCUGGAUCAAAUAACGGAUUUACCGGUACCCCGCUUAACCUUGGUGGACCUCUCAACCAGACCCCACAACAAACCCCUGGUAUAGGUCAACCUGGUUCGGCCACCGGAAACGGUCUGCAAAGUACUCCGUUUAUGAUGAAUGGGUUGAAUGGUAUGAUGGGUAUGGGUGGAUUUGGUAUGGGCGGAUUCCCCUUGAACAUGCAAAAUUAUGCUGGAUCACCAAUCGUCUCUCCAUCGAUGAACCCUAACACGAUGACUGGUAAUUACGGUCCUGCUGCUGCUGCUGCCGCGGCCGCCGCUGCUGGAAAUACGACUGGUCGAACCGUCUAUGUCGGCAAUCUUCCAUCUGAGGCUUCCGUUGACGAACUCCUCAAUCUGGUUCGAUUCGGACCGAUCGAGACCGUCCGAUUAUUACCUGAAAAAUCAUGUGUGUUCAUCUCUUUCCUCGACGGUUCAACCGCUGCUGCCUUCCACGCCGAUGCUUCAGUCAAGAAGCUGGCUCUUCACGGACAAGAAUUGAAGAUCGGAUGGGGUAAACCUUCCGUCGUUCAUCCCAACGUCCAAGCUGCUGUGGCCAACAGUCAAGCUACGAGGAAUGUCUUUGUUGGUAAUCUCGAUCCCGAGAUGAACGAACAACAAUUGAGGAAUGAACUCAGUAGAUUCGGUCCCAUCGACCAAGUCAAGAUUGUCAGAGAUAAGAACAUUGGAUUCAUCCAUUUCCUGAGCAUUGGGACUGCUAUCAAGGUUGUUAACCAACUACCUGGUGAACCUGGGUGGGAAGGCAAACGAGUCAAUUAUGGAAAGGACCGAUGUGCAUAUGUGCCAAAAGCUCAACAAGAUGCCGUCCGACAAGCUCAAACGCAAGCUAUGACCGCCGUCGCUUCCCAACAUGCUCAAAUGCCCGGAACUCCAUUUUCCUCUUUCUCUCCUAUGACAGCUGGAUUUGGUGGAUUUGGUACACCCGCUUCAGCAGGUUUCGGUUCCCCUCUCUUCGGUAAUGGAUUUCCCUCUGCGGGUAAUUCCGGCUUCAUGGAUAGCAAUGGCGCUAAUCAAGUUGGUAAUCGAACUGUCUACCUUGGUAAUAUACACCCUGACACGACGGUCGAAGAACUAUGUAAUAACAUCCGAGGAGGAAUGGUACAACAGAUCAGAUAUCUCACUGAGAAACACAUUGCUUUCAUAACAUUCGUUGAUCCAGCAGCUGCCAUGCAAUUCUUCCAACAUGCUCAUUCGGUCGGACUCUUAAUCAAUUCUCGACGAUUGAAAGUAGGAUGGGGUAAAGCAUCUGGACCUCUACCUGCCUCUUUACUCCAAGCUAUCCAAUCUGGAGCGAGUAGGAAUGUCUAUAUCGGUCAGAUCGCCGAUUUCACCUUGUUCAGCGAAGAGAAAUUACGUCAGGACUUUGGAGAGUUCGGUGAAAUCGAUAUGAUCAACUUCUUGCAAGAGAAAGGUGCUGGAUUUGUCAACUUCACUUCCAUCCAAAGUGCGCAAAAAGCGAUUGAAGGUAUCAAGCUCAAACCUGAAUAUGCUACUCUGCGUAUCUCUUACGGUAAAGAUAGAUGUGCCAACCCUCCCAGAGCGUCUCAUCAAACGCCAGGUGGUAGACCCAACAAUCACCGGGUUGAUUCCAACCAAACACCCAAAGAGCCCAUCCCUUCCACUAACGAUGUCAAACCUGCUAAUGAAGAAUUACUGGGAGAUGCAGAUUACCCCAUAGAAGACGAUGGUUAUCUAGGUGAAGAAUUGACUGAUGUGCCAACUUCUUACGAGUAA